AUGGCAGGGGGGGUCAGGAGUGUAUUUUUGAAGGAAAAGGUAGACCCGUCUUGUUAUACGGUCGGAUGGUGUCUGAUGACUCUGCACCAAUCAUGUGAGGGAUGGAAGGGGAGCGGGGCCGAGGGCACGAAGAGUGUGCUGCAUCCCGAGUUGUAA